AGGUGGGAGCGGGCGCCGCCGCCGCCUGCUCGGGCUGAGCGGCCGCGGGGCCGGGCACAGCGGGCAGCCCACCGGGACGGGACGGACGGGACGGCGACGGGCCGCCGCCGGGCCGCCGCCGCAGCAGCCAUGGAUCACUACGACCCGCAGCAGACCAACGACUACAUGCAGCCGGAGGAGGACUGGGACCGGGACCUGCUCCUGGACCCGGCCUGGGAGAAGCAGCAGAGGAAGACAUUUACAGCAUGGUGUAAUUCUCACCUCCGCAAGGCUGGGACACAGAUUGAGAACAUAGAGGAAGAUUUCAGGGAUGGUCUUAAACUCAUGUUACUUCUGGAAGUCAUUUCAGGUGAACGUUUAGCUAAGCCUGAAAGAGGCAAAAUGCGAGUGCACAAGAUCUCCAAUGUGAACAAGGCCUUGGAUUUCAUUGCCAGCAAAGGAGUCAAACUAGUAUCUAUUGGAGCAGAAGAAAUCGUGGAUGGCAAUGUUAAAAUGACUCUUGGAAUGAUCUGGACCAUCAUCCUUCGUUUUGCCAUUCAAGAUAUCUCAGUUGAAGAGACAUCUGCUAAAGAAGGACUUUUGUUAUGGUGUCAGAGGAAGACAGCCCCCUACAAAAAUGUAAACAUCCAGAACUUCCAUAUCAGUUGGAAGGACGGCCUUGGUUUCUGCGCUUUAAUUCAUAGACACCGUCCAGAGCUCAUCGACUACGGGAAGCUACGAAAGGAUGAUCCUCUCACUAAUCUAAACACAGCUUUUGAUGUGGCUGAGAAAUAUCUGGAUAUUCCCAAGAUGCUGGAUGCAGAAGACAUUGUUGGAACUGCCCGUCCUGACGAGAAAGCCAUCAUGACCUAUGUUUCUAGCUUCUACCACGCCUUCUCAGGAGCCCAGAAGGCGGAGACAGCAGCAAAUCGUAUCUGCAAGGUGCUGGCAGUCAACCAAGAAAAUGAACAGCUCAUGGAAGACUAUGAAAAACUGGCCAGUGAUCUGCUGGAGUGGAUCCGUCGCACCAUCCCCUGGCUGGAGAACCGGGCCCCAGAGAACACCAUGCAAGCCAUGCAGCAGAAACUGGAGGACUUCCGGGACUACCGCCGCCUGCACAAGCCCCCCAAGGUCCAAGAGAAGUGCCAACUUGAGAUCAAUUUCAACACCUUGCAGACCAAGCUGCGGCUCAGCAACAGGCCAGCCUUCAUGCCUUCAGAAGGGAAAAUGGUCUCGGAUAUAAACAAUGCCUGGGGUGGCCUAGAGCAGGCUGAGAAGGGCUAUGAGGAGUGGUUGUUGAAUGAGAUCCGGAGGCUAGAGAGGCUGGAUCACCUGGCAGAGAAGUUCCGGCAGAAAGCAUCCAUUCAUGAGUCCUGGACAGAUGGUAAGGAAGCAAUGCUGCAGCAGAAGGAUUACGAAACUGCUACCCUCUCGGAGAUAAAGGCCCUGCUGAAGAAACAUGAGGCCUUUGAGAGCGACCUGGCUGCACACCAGGACCGCGUGGAACAGAUUGCUGCUAUUGCACAAGAGCUGAACGAGCUGGACUAUUACGACUCUCCCAGUGUCAAUGCCAGGUGCCAGAAGAUCUGUGAUCAGUGGGAUAAUCUGGGUGCCCUAACCCAGAAACGUAGAGAAUCCUUGGAGAGGACAGAGAAGCUACUGGAAACAAUUGACCAGUUGUACCUGGAAUAUGCCAAACGAGCUGCCCCUUUUAAUAACUGGAUGGAAGGGGCCAUGGAGGACCUGCAGGACACGUUCAUUGUUCACACCAUUGAGGAGAUCCAGGGAUUGACCACAGCACACGAACAGUUCAAAGCCACUUUGCCAGAUGCUGACAAGGAGCGACAGGCCAUCCUGGGAAUCCACAAUGAAGUCUCAAAGAUUGUCCAGACAUACCAUGUCAACAUGGCAGGAACGAAUCCUUACACUACGAUCACCCCACAUGAGAUCAAUGGCAAAUGGGAACAUGUGCGGCAACUGGUUCCCAGAAGGGAUCAAGCCCUGAUGGAAGAACAUGCUCGCCAGCAGCAAAAUGAAAGACUUCGUAAACAGUUUGGUGCACAAGCCAAUGUCAUUGGGCCCUGGAUCCAGACAAAGAUGGAGGAGAUUGGCCGCAUUUCAAUAGAGAUGCAUGGGACCCUGGAGGACCAGCUCAACCACUUGCGGCAGUAUGAGAAAAGCAUUGUGAAUUACAAACCAAAGAUUGACCAGUUGGAAGGAGACCACCAACAGAUCCAGGAAGCGCUUAUCUUUGACAACAAGCACACCAACUACACCAUGGAGCAUAUCCGUGUGGGCUGGGAGCAGUUACUAACAACAAUUGCUAGAACCAUCAACGAAGUGGAAAACCAGAUUCUGACCCGUGAUGCCAAAGGAAUCAGCCAGGAACAGAUGAAUGAGUUCCGGGCUUCUUUCAACCAUUUUGACAGGGACCACUCCGGCACACUUGGCCCUGAGGAAUUCAAAGCCUGUCUCAUCAGCUUGGGUUACGAUAUUGGAAACGAUGCACAGAAGAAGACUGGUAUGAUGGAUUGUGAAGAUUUCCGAGCCUGCCUUAUCUCCAUGGGUUACAAUAUGGGAGAGGCAGAGUUUGCCCGCAUCAUGAGCAUCGUCGACCCUAACCGUUUGGGUGUAGUGACAUUCCAGGCCUUCAUCGACUUCAUGUCCCGGGAAACAGCAGAUACAGAUACUGCUGACCAGGUUAUGGCUUCCUUCAAGAUCCUGGCUGGAGAUAAGAACUACAUCACUGUGGAUGAAUUACGGCGGGAACUGCCUCCUGAUCAGGCUGAAUAUUGCAUUGCUAGAAUGGCACCCUACAAUGGCCGUGAUGCUGUACCCGGUGCCCUGGACUACAUGUCCUUCUCCACGGCACUCUACGGCGAAAGUGACCUUUAACUUUUUUCUGUCCCACCACACGCUCCCUCCCCUCUCCCCCGUCCGACACGCCCUUCUUUCUCUUUGCAAAGCAGCCUCUGCUCCGCUCUUUUUUGUGUUUCCCUGUUUUGCUUCAGAUAACAGAUCACAUUUUUAAGUGGGGGGGAGGACAUUGACAUGGCACCGCCUACCUUGCCCUUGAAAUGACAGUUUACAAAAUUAUUUUGUGCAAAAAAGUUAAGUUUUAAAAAGAACAGACAUAUUUUAUUAUAGAAAAAGGUAUUUUUCUCCACCAGAUUGAAACUUAAAAGAAAAUGUUAAAAUAUUGCACCAAAUAUUUUUUGUUGUGACAUAGAAAGUCGAGCACAAUGUUACAUUCCAUCCUUUCCAAAAAGAACCAAACAACAACAAAACACCACUUGUUCUGUUAACUUUUACAUUUGCGUAUGUCUCUUUUAUCACGUUUAUCUUGGGAGGGGGGAAGGCACACAAGUGCAUGUGUUUGCUGGUUCACUCAUUUCAUGAAAAUAUUUUAUGAUAAACUUUUGAAAUUGCUGUGUUUUCUAGGGAAAAAAUAAUGUACACAGCUCAUGUUUUCAUAUUUAAUUAAAAAAUACAAUAUGCCUCCUAUGUUUAUCAGUGCACAACUUUUUUUGUUGCUGAGAGUUGUCUGGUUUCAGAACAUGAAGCUUGAGAGUUGAUAACUUUGAUAUUGCUUGUCACAAACCAUAUUAAAAAUUUCUUGUGAUAACAAA